AUGAUUGCGGUCGGCCGAGGUCGCCUGUCCCAGCGCUGGAGGCUGCUGCUGAGCUUGGCCGCUUUCGCCUGCUGCUGGCAGCCCUGCCCUGCUUGCCCCAAGCCAUGCGCCUGCUAUGUGCCCACCGAGGUCCACUGCACCUUCAGAUACCUCAGCGCCGUCCCGGACAACAUCCAGACUCAAGUGGAGCGGAUAAAUUUGGGUUACAACAACCUGGUGGGAUUAACCAGCGACAGUUUCGAUGGGCUGCAGAGUCUCGAACUGUUGAUGCUUCACAGCAAUAAGAUCCAAGAGAUACCAGACAAGGCAUUUAAGGAUCUGCAGUCUCUGCAGGUUCUAAAGAUGAGCUACAACAAGGUUAAAGCAUUGAAUAGUAAGACUUUCCAUGGUCUUCGCAACUUGGUGCGGUUACACAUGGACCACAACAGCAUUGAAUUCAUUAAUCCUGAAGCAUUCUAUGGGCUCACUUCAUUGAAGCUGCUCCACUUAGAAGGAAACAUGCUUCAGGAACUACACAGAGAUACAUUUGUCACAUUUCGCUUCAGCCAGAUCUUCAAAAUGUCUUCAAUAAAGCACAUUUAUCUGUCAGAUAAUGCUCUAACAUCCAUUUCCAGUGAUCUGUUGUCUUAUAUCCCAGAAAUUGAAAGCAUCUACCUGCAUGGAAACCAAUGGUUUUGUGACUGUAACUUGAGGUGGUUAUCUGAGUUCAAUGAAAGACAACCAGGAACAAUCAAAUGCAAACGAGACCGUAACUACCCGAAUGGUCAGAUUUGCCCCUUAUGUGCGACCCCAAGUGUCUCCAUGGGCAAGGAUGUUAUACAGUUGCCUCCCUCAGUGUUUGCAUGCACACCACCAAAAAUCCAUUCCCCGCUGAAAAUCAGAAACAGCACUCUACAAGAAGAGGGGGACUACGCUGCCAUUAAUGCCAAGGACUUUGUGGCACCGUUAGGUCAAAUAAGCUUGAAUAUGAGCGAUCAAUCUGGGAAUGGCUGCGAAAUAACCUGCAAUGUUCACAGACCCUUGAGAACGCCGCAGGUGACCCUGGAUCAAAAAGAAGGUUACGUGCUGUUAAACACUUCUUUGUCGACCUUCCUAGUCUGCUAUGUUGACUAUGAGCAGAUCCAACGGCUCUGGGGCAUCUUGGCAUUGUACACUGACUCACCUCUAAAACUCGAGAGGGAUGCGCUGCUGAGCAAGACGCCUUACAUGAGCUAUCUUUACAAACAGUCGCAGGCCGAGGCCCCGCAGCAGUUUACUGGUAUAGAAAUGCAGAUCAGGGCAGAUCCUGCUUGGCUAAUGCAAAGCACAAUCAUCCUGCAAAUGGACAGGACCCGGACAACCCUGAACGUUUUGCAAAUCAAGUACCACGUAGAUGUUCAGGUUACCUUGAAAGACCUGGAAGUUAAACCUGGGAAAAAUAGCUGGGUAAUGAUAAAGAAAGCAAACAGUGCAAGAACAGAACACUUUGUGGUGGUAGGUGGGACAGUGGAGUUGGAGUGCCAAGCCAUUGGUGACCCCAAGCCCAUCAUUGAAUGGAUACUUCCAGAUGGCAACAAAGUCCGAGCUCCAUACAACAGCGAGGAUAGCCGGAUUUCAAUCAGUGCAAGUGGUAAAUUUGUUUUAAAGGUAGCUGACCUGUACGACACUGGCAUCUAUCACUGUGUAGGAACCAAUUACCAAGAUGCAGAUGUGAUGAGCUUCAGGGUUACUAUUCUGGACCCUAAUGUUGCAGAGAACUACAUAAAUGGGCCUUACAUUUCUAAAUCUGGUGGUGACUCAAUACAUCUCCCGUGCCAAGCAACUGGAAUCCCAAAUGCAUCUAUUAGUUGGGUUCUUCCUGACCAUAGAGUAUUACAUCAAACGACAGGGAAUAAGGAGAUUACCCCAAAUGGGACUUUAAAGAUACAAGGGCUAACAGCCAGGGACAGUGGCUAUUACAGGUGUUUGGCUGCAAACCGUUAUGGGAUUGAUCUCCUGGCAUUACAGUUAACAGUUACUGGCUCCAGAAUUUUCUCCGAGAGAGAAAAUGCAGAACGUAAUGAUGCUGCAGAGGAAGACUUUGGGUCGGGGGAGAGCGAGGAAGACUUGCAGGAUUUGGAAGAUUUGAAAAAGAAGCAGAGUCAGUUAUCUUCCCAGAAUACAUCAGAAGAUAAGACAGACCAUUCCACGACCACCGGUACACUGCCCACGUCUCACCCAAGAACAAGCACGGCAGUCGCAAUAACGCCUAGGAGGAGGAUUAAUGGCAGUGGCGCAAAAACACGGUGGUGGUCCAAGCGUAGAAGAUUGAAACAGCCUAGAAGGAGAGUAGACCCCCAGCACUGGGCAGAGUAUCUGGAAAAGGUCAGAAAGAACGUCUCAACAAAAACUGCAAUACGUGAGAUUACAGUUAAACCUCACACAGAAGGUUUGCCUUCCGAAUCACCUGCUGAUGAGGAAGAAACAUCAGGGGAUAACUUUGGAGAUGCAGAAGAAGAGGAAUUUAUAGUGUUAACAACCAAACAACCUUUGGUCGUUCCAAGUACUUGGCUAUCUCCAAUCACUGAGAGGUCAAUAGCAAUGGUUCCUCACCCAAAGACAAUUCCUAUAAAGCAAUUUCACAACACAGAACCAGACACAAAAACUGCAACACCCCCAAUUCUGAAGGUGGCUACAGAUUCCAAUGUCUUGCCAAAGGGAACAGAGCCCACUUACAAUAAGAAACCUAUCAGAGUCAUAUCCCAGGAGACAACAGCAAGUCCCCAGGAAUCUGAAUCAACUGAGGCAAAUGCUGAACUGCAGGUGACAGUUGCUGGUAACAUCAUGGACACCCAUUACAUUCCAACUCCAAUGCCCACUGCAUUAAUGGCAAACAGUCCAAAGGAAGGUACCUCAUCAGUAGCAUAUACAACAGAAAAGGCUGAUCCUGUAGCAGUCUCUCAGAGUGAGACUCUAAGGCUACAUGACUAUCACACUCAAAUUACAACAGUUACUAUGGCGAAAGAGGAUGGGAAUCAAAUUCUACUUAAAACCACUCAGAAAAUUACAUCUCCACUGUCGUCGUCUCUGUCCACUAUCCUCACUCAGCAGAUUCACAUAAUAAGAGAAGCCACUACUGGCACUCCAGUUUCCCAAACACAGCAGUUCGAUUGGGGAAGAAAGUUCCCCCAAAGACGUCGCUUUGGUAGGCCAGGCUUACGGAGGCACAGGUAUAAGAUUAUGAGACCCAGGCAGAGGAGGCCCGGUUGGUCUAAAGAGAGAAUGGCAGUGCCCACAUUGGCUUAUUUAGAAGCUUCCAGCCCAAAUCACAUGCCCUCUGUCACCAAGGCCCUACCAAGAUCUCCACUUCCACAACCGGCACCAAUGCCAAAUGAAGCAAGUACCGAGGCAGGGCAAAGAUAUAGCCAGCAAUCUGGAGAUCCAGGCGCUGGUGAAACUACAACCGAACGCAAGAGAAUUCCUUUUCAGCAGGGCAUGCAAAGAAUAAGUAUUCCUGAGUCACAAUGGGUGACCAAGCCUGAAAUUGGAGCACAAACCCCUGACUCUAAAACCACAACACAGUUCCCUGAGACUAGUUCAAUUGCCAGAACAACACAUGCUACCAAGACACUGCCAGAAAGCCUAUCUCAUUUCAGUCUGUCCUCUACAACUACUGUAGCCACUGCUGAGCCUAUAACAAGGUCCUCCAAGAUUGUUCGUGGGAAGAUCCCUUGGAAUAGGCUUUUUGGAGUAAGCAAUCAGGAGGAUGUUCUUAGAAGGCUUCGUAAACCCAUCCAGAGUUCCACGGCCACAACUGCUGCUCCCAAGGUGUCCAUAAUUUUAACAAACCCUACUCCUUACAGUGUGAUGACUUCACAGGCAGUAAGAGACCUGAAUAGCCCUCUGUUCUCCACGCCAAACCUCAAGAGCUACAAAAUGCAGCCAACCACAAAACUGCCUAUUUAUCCCACCCACCCCCCUUCAACCACAAGUCUCCCAACAACACCUAUUACCAUUCCCUUCGUAGCAGAGAUUGUAUCCACCACAGCAACCACUACCCAGGCAACUCAUCCGACUCGUAAGAUGGGAUUCCGUCGCAGGAGACCAAGCAAAACAAAGAACCGUGCAUCAUCGUGGCCAACUGGGAGUCGUAAUCGCUUGGUAGUGUCAGCAGCUGAUAGUAUGAAGACGCGUCUGGCAAAAGCUAGGAUCCCAUCACCUCCCACUCUCACAACGACCACCAAUGCACCUCUUCAUGUUGCCAUUGCAGCUAGCACCAUCACUGACGGUGCACAAUCAAACAAGCAUCUUGUAAACUCGGCUGGGGUGAAUCCGGCUACUCUCACGAGUCAGCAUACUUCUGAGAUUCUUCAUUCGCCCAGCAAAAGCCUUACCAGCCAGCCGACUGUAAGCACACUAGCAACAACCAAUCCAAUAAUCCUAUCCUCGCCUACUUCCACAUCCACAUCAAUGGGAAUGAUAACUACAACGCUUCGAUCAUCCACCACCACAAAGACAACUAAGCUGUCUACCAUCAGAAAGAAAAUUCAUCCUAUCAAAUCACCAGUGGUGCCCCCGGCUACCAAAACAACCAGUGCUACCCCAACCAUCACGCCAUCUACUGAACCAAGUGUACAUUCUACAACCAUGGCUGCCAUCUCCACCCAGCCACGGACCACUGUCAAGUUUACCUCCAGGACUGUGCCCAGAUUCCGCAUCACCUUACACAAGUUUACCACAUCUACGACUCCAGGGCGCACUCAAACUCUGCCCCCAACAUCCAGGAUACGUAAGCCAUUUUGGCAGAAUGCCCACUCAAGAGUCAUAAGCACCUUACAAACAAGUGGUGGGACCAAAUGGCAAACUCCGUCAAGUUUUACAGAGGGGCCGACUAAAUAUAGGGCUGCGUCUCCCAAAUUAGAUGUUGAUCUUGAAAACACCAUAGAGAACAAAGAUGGCAAGGACCACUUUUCCAACAAGUCGGAGCCUUUGUCACCUAACGCCAUCGCUGUGGACCCCAUGGCUGGAAACCGUCCCUCCAAACCCAGUCUGAUCAGUGGAAAUGCAGCCAGUUUCACAGUCCUGGCAGAUUCUGAUGCAUUUAUACCAUGUGAGGCAACUGGAAAUCCACCUCCCAUCAUAAGCUGGACGAAAAUCUCAACAGGUGCAACAGUCACAGCUAAAGCUAAGCGUGGCAAUAAAUUUGAGGUCUUUCCAAAUGGCACACUGUCCAUUCAGAAAAUCAAAGUUCAGGACCGCGGACAGUACCUCUGUACAGCAGAGAACCAGCAUGGCUCAGAACAACUCCUUGUCACUCUGUCCGUAGUGGCUUACCCUUCCAAGAUAUUAGAGCCCCGAAUGAAGGACAUCACAGUCCAUGCUGGGUACCCAGUGGAGAUGAAGUGCCGAUCCCAGGGAAGGCCAGCCCCAACUAUCUCCUGGAUCCUUUCCAACAGGACCUUGGUGAGAAACAGCAGCCCAUUUAAUGGGAGAGUCUCGGUGUUGACUGAUGGCACCCUCAGGAUUAAAGCCGUAACCGUGUACGAUCGAGGGAAUUACAGGUGUGUGGCCAGUAAUCCGGCUGGGAUUGAUACUAUCACAGUCAAGAUGCAGGUGGUCGCUCAGCCCCCAGCUAUCUUGGAAGCAAGGCACCAGAGUGUCAAAGGACAAGUAGGGCAGAACAUCAGACUGCCCUGCACUGCUGUGGGGACACCUUCACCAACUGUUCACUGGAUUCUGUUUGAUGGCACUGAAAUCAAACCUUUGCAGUUCGUCAACACAAAAUUAUUUGUCUUUACCAAUGGGACACUUUACGUCAAAUCCUUAACUCCAUCUGAUAGUGGGAAUUAUGAAUGUGUAGCUACAAGUUCGACUGAAUCGGAAAGGAGAGUUGUAAGUUUAAUGGUGGAACGCAAACAGGAGAUCCCCAAGAUUGUUUCUGUUUCUUCGAGGAACAUCAAAGUGAACUAUGGAGAUAAACUACAACUUCACUGCUCAGCCAGAGGAGACCCAAAACCCAAAAUCAUUUGGAGAUUACCUUCUAAGUUAGUUGUGGAUCAGUGGCACCGAACGGCAAGCCGUGUCCUGGUCUUACCCAAUGGGACCCUGUCCAUUGAAACCAUCACGGAGAGAGACGCCGGGCACUACCUGUGCAUCGCCCGAAACGAGGCCGGGGACGACAUGAUGUCGUUGAAAAUCGAUGUGUCCAUGAGGCCGGCGCUGAUCGAUCGCCAGCAGUCCAUUCACAAGCAUGUGUCCUACGGGGCAGACCUCCAGGUGGACUGCAAAGCCUCUGGAGCCCCCAAGCCCGAAAUCUCCUGGAGCUUGCCCGAUGGAACAAUGGUCAACAACGUGCUGCAGGCUGACGACAGUGGCCGCAGGACUCGGAGGUACGUCGUGUUCGGCAAUGGGACUCUCUACUACAAUAAAGUGGGAAUGGCCGAAGAGGGGGACUAUACGUGUUAUGCACAAAACACCCUCGGCAAGGAUGAGAUGAAGGUCCGCGUGACGGUGGUGGCAGCGGCACCACGCAUAAAGGAACCACACAGGAGAUCCCUGAAGGUAAAAAGCGGAGACUAUGCCAUGUUCCACUGCCAGGCUGUGGGUAAACCGCUGCCCAAGAUACUGUGGAUGCUGCCGACGAACGAAAUCAUAUCGUUCUCCAAAAGUCGGUACAAUUUGCAUGCCAAUGGCUCACUGGUCAUCAAAAACACCCGCCUCUCCGACGCUGGGGAGUACCUGUGCAUUGCUCGCAACCCUGGCGGUGAUGACACGGACCUCUUCCGCUUGGACGUGGCCUCGCAAGCGCCCACCAUAAACGGGGUGCACCGGAACAAGACGGUCAUCAGGGACAUCGCGGUGAGGCACUCAAGGAAACUGAUUGACUGCAGGGCCGAGGGGAACCCCAGGCCCCACGUCAUGUGGAUCAUGCCAGACAACAUUCUGCUGAACGCCCCCUACCACGGGAGCAGGAUUGUCGUCCACUUAAACGGCACCUUGGAAAUCCGCAACGUGAGGGCUUCUGACACAGCCGAAUUCAUCUGCGUGGCCCGCAGCGACGCCGGGGAAGCCGUUCUGGUGGUCAGCUUGGAAGUAACCCGGAGGUUGAGGCGGCCCAUGUUCCAGAAUCCAUUCAACGAGAAGAUCAUUGCCAGCAGCGAGAAAACCACCACCCUGAACUGCUCAGCCGACGGCUAUCCGCCUCCAGAGAUCAUUUGGAUUCUCCCCAAUGGCACGAGGUUCACGGGGAUUCACCAGGCAACCCGCUACCAAACCAACAGCAACGGCACCUUCCUCAUUCACAGCACCACGGCGGAGGACGCAGGGAAGUACCGAUGUGCAGCUAAGAAUAAAAUCGGAUACAUAGAGAAACUGAUUAUCGUGGAGAUUGGCCAGAAACCCGUCAUACACACUCAGCCCCUAGGAUUAAUACGAAGUAUGAGCGGGGAAGCUUUAUAUCUUCAUUGCUCUGCCACUGGCAGCCCAGCACCAAAAAUUGUAUGGGCCGUACCAAGUGGCGAUGUCCUCAGUAGACCUCAAAUAAAUGCAAAGUAUAUCCUGUUUGAAAACGGGACUUUGAUUAUUAGGGAAACAAGCUUGCACGACAGGGGGAAUUAUGUUUGCAAAGCGUACAAUAAUGCCGGUGACGCCUCCAUAUUAAUACCGGUGAUUGUCAUAGCCUACCCGCCUCGUAUAACCAAUGGACCUCCCAAAUCGGUCUAUGCGACGGCUGGCUCACCCGUUCAACUCAACUGCAUGGCGAUUGGAGUUCCCAGGCCAGAGAUUGUGUGGGAGCUGCCUAACCACACGGUGCUUUCCACUUACAGCAAGGGGCGUCCCACUGGGAGCGAGCUCUUACACCCGCAGGGAACAUUGGUGAUCCAAAGGCUAUCGGCAAAGGAUUCAGGGACGUACAAGUGCACAGCCAAGAACAAGCUGGGCAGUGACUCCCGAGUAACAUAUAUUCAGGUCAUAUGAAGCGACUGCUCUUCAUAAAACGAAGCCUUGCGUGUGUCUAUUCUUAUAUUCAUUUUUGAAUAUAUAUAAAUAUAUAUAUCUAUAUAUUUUUUACGGAGAUUAAUAUUAUACUUCUGUGUUGAAGAUAAAAUCU